UAGAAGGACCAAGCUUCAAAAGAUGAUGAGAUUGAUAAGCAAAGUAGAUUAAAUUGGACCAACCUAUGAUGUAUCGAUCAUAUGGACCGAACCAAGUGAGUUCUUCCAAUUUCAACAGAGGAAAAUUUGCAUUCUUUUGAUUUUUCUGGCUUGUAUUCCACGUAUGAUUGGCAGCAACAAAUAGAUUGUAAUAGUAAUAAAGGUAUCAAAUUUCAAGCCUGUUUGAAAUUGCGAUCGGAUUUUGAUAAUGGAGAGCUGACCUUCUUUCUUCCUUUACCCCUUGAUUUUUUCCCCUUUUUCUCUUGUUCGCUCUCUUGCCCUUCUUCCCUCAAGCUUUAUAGGGCUCAAAUUUCUGCCAUUUCUGUUCAUCAUCACCAUCGAAACCCCAUCAAGGCUUUCUUUUUUUUUUUUUUUCCUUAUUCUUUCAUCUUCUUUCCCAUCACCCUUCUUUUACUGCCACCAUUUUCAUCCAUUUAUCCAAUCAAACCCCUCCCUCUUUCACCCCUUUUCAUGAUUCGCCGGUUUCUUUGACCUUUUUUAAUCCGAUGAUCGUGCCCCACUUGCUUGAUUUCUGAUUCAGUAUUGUUAUUGUGUUCUUGUUGUUGCUAGAAGUACUUUUGAUUUGAUAUUGUUAUCUGGGUUGUUGCCAUGUGAUGAUUUUCUUUUUCUUUAUCUGAGGUUCUCCACGGAGUCUCGUUUGCGGAGAAGGGUCAAAUUUUUCGUAUGUUGUUGAAUUGAUUGUCAAGAAUGUUAUGAUGAUUAGGGUUAGGCCAUUCACCCGAAUGGAAGGGUCUGGUAGCGACCCCGACUCUCAUAGAGCUGCUUCCACCAGUGGUAGUUCAAGAAGGUUUGGAAUGUUAGCUGCCUCAAAUAUUAUUCAGGCUCCGCUUUCUGCACUAUUAGAGUAUUCGGGUCUUCUUCGUGGCCGUCAAAGUCAUCAAGAAUCAGAGGCAUUGAUAAGUGCUCGACUGCCUUCGGGGUUUCGAGACCAUCUUCGCAGCCAUAUUGAAGAAUCUUCGGGUGCCACCAAUGAUGGAGAGGUUUCGAUUAGGAUAAUUGGGGCAGGGGAACCAGAACAUGGUAGGGAUGGUGCUGGACUAGUAGUUGGGCAAGCGAGGGAUGUUAGUGGUCAGAAUGCGGUGUCUUUGCAAUCUGUUUCAGGGUUGGCUUCUGUGACCUUGGGGUCGGAGCUUAGCCAGGGUGAGUCUGCCAAUGAACGCGGUGCAAGAGAGGGUAUUCCUGAAUCGAUAAAUGCAGGUGCUGAUGGAGAUGCCUCGGAGGCAGCUGGAGGAAAUAGCAGGGAUUCUUCUUAUCAGAGAUAUGACAUUCAACAGGCUGCUCGGGGGAUUGAGCAGAUACUCCCAUUUAGUUUUCUUCUACUGGUGGUCUUCAUUCGACAGCAUUUGCAAGGCUUCUUUGUGACAAUAUGGAUCGCUGCUUUCAUGUACAAGUCAAAUGAUAUUUUGCGAAAACAAACAGCUUUGAAGGGAGAGAGAAAAAUUUCUGUUUUGGUUUGCAUUUCUCUUGCGUUCACUAUUCAUGUUAUUGGUGUGUACUGGUGGUAUCAGAAUGAUGACCUUUUAUAUCCGUUGAUCAUGUGUCCUCCCAGAGCGAUUCCUCCUUUCUGGCAUGCUAUUUUCAUCAUUAUGGUGAAUGACACUUUGGUCCGUCAGGCAGUGAUGGUGGUCAAGUGUGUUCUAUUGAUGUAUUACAAGAACAGUAGAGGUCGCAAUUAUCGUAAACAGGGUCAAAUGCUAACUUUGGUCGAAUAUUUGCUACUACUGUACCGUGCCUUAUUGCCUACUCCUGUUUGGUAUCGUUUCUUCUUGAACAAAGAGUAUGGGAGUCUAUUUUCGUCACUAUUGACGGGACUAUACUUAACUUUCAAACUCACAUCUGUUGUUGAAAAGGUGCAAUCCUUCUUUGCUGCUUUGAAAGCACUGUCACGUAAAGAGGUGCAUUAUGGGGCAUAUGCAACAUCAGAGCAGGUCAGCGCAGCAGGUGAUUUGUGUGCUAUUUGCCAAGAGAAGAUGCAUGCUCCUAUCCUUCUCCGAUGUAAACACAUAUUUUGUGAAGAUUGUGUAUCAGAAUGGUUUGAGCGGGAACGGACAUGUCCAUUGUGUAGGGCGUUGGUUAAACCCGCAGAUCUGAGGUCAUUUGGUGAUGGAUCAACAAGUUUGUUUUUCCAGGUUUUCUAAGCCAUUUACUUCAAAGCCCCUCAGAAGGCUUUGUAGUUUGAAGAGGUGAAGGGAAGCCAGCCAAUUGCAUUUGUUUACCCCUACACAAAAUUGUACAUCUAACUAAAUACUGUGUAGCUGCUGCCAAUUGAGGAAGCAAAAGACUGGGGCUUGUGAAGUUGGAAAGGCAAAUUCAAAAUCGACAUUUAUACAUAUUAUAGUCCUUUUUGUGCUACAGCAAAGAACGGUGGAUGUUCGAGAGGAGUUUAACCCUUCUAUGAAAAUUUUAUGAAUUGUGAUUCUGGGGUGUAAAUUUAUUAGCAAAGCCAGUUUGCUGUGUUGUCGAUUUUAUAAUUUAGUCCAAAUGCAUAUAAUGAGAAUGUUUUGGACUCUAGUAAUUGUUAUAUACACAUACACAGUGUCAGACAUGUCUUUUGGCUCUUCAGUCUGUGCUUUUGUUUGAUUUGAAAAUUAAGAAAGGAAGUGAAUAUGAUGAAUUUUUAGAAUUGGAUA